AUGUCUCUUUGCUACUCCAGCAUAUUCACUGCCUCAGUAUCCUGCUCACUGGGCCCUGCCGUCUCAGACGUCGGACGGUAUGGCGAUCGACUGUGUACUUACAACACGAGAACAGUUUCCACAAAUGCUGACCUGCAUGCCCUUCUCGGAGCUGCAGAGCGUAUCAAAUUUCACGUGAUUGCUCUGCAGGAGACCAAGUGCAGAAGGAGCGACGUACGACAGAUGAAUGACGGUACACUCGUCAUUCGUGGAGAGAAGGUUCCGUCGCGAAAUGUAGGCGGUGUUGGUUUUGUUGUGCACCCAUCUGUCGUCCAUCUCGUCGAUUCUCACGAGAUCCUGUCACCUCGUCUGGCCAUUCUUCGCCUCCGCCCUCUGUGCCAAAAAUCCAUCAGCAUCAUCAACUGCUAUUCACCAACAUCAGCAGCUGAUGAUUCCGAAUUGGACGCGUUUUACGAGAAGCUGGAGGAAGUAGUCCGCAACGAGAAGUCCUUUUACAAAUUCGUUGUCGGAGACUUCAACGCAAAACUAGGAAAGGCCACAGAAGAGGAAUACAGGAUUGGAAGAUUUGGACUAGGAGACCGGAAUGAAAAUGGCAAUAGUCUCGCUGGGCUGUUGUCCGCCGCUCGCCUCUUUCAUGGGAACUCUCUUUUCAUGAAAAAAGAUCAUCGUCGGUGGACAUGGGAAUCGCCCAAUGGCGCGACUCGUGCGGAGAUCGACCACAUACUCACCAACCGGAGGUGGUGUCUACUUGACGUCUCAGUAGUAUCAUCCUUUUGUAGUGGUUCUGAUCAUCGUCUCCUUCGUGCGAAAAUACGACUUAGCCACACGAUGGAAAAGAACAUCUGCUAUCGGCAACGAAGGAGAAAAGUAGUCGUCUACGACGGUUGCGUACUCGAGGACUCCCUGUCCCAAGGUGACUGGCACAUCGAGGAGGACCCAAACGUGGACUACGAGAUGCUGCUCAGAGGAUUACGAGCCUGCGCUGAACGUGCCUCGAAGCCGCGCACGACAAACUCGGAUCGAAUUUUGAAGACCACCAAGGAAUUGUUGGAAAGAAGAAGGGCUUUGAGGCUUGAUCCGAAUGCAUCGCAAACUGAGCGGUUAGUAGCAAACAUUAGCUGUAGAAAAGCGUUGCAGGAGGAUCUUUCGAAGUACAGACAGAAGAAGAUUCUAGAAGCAGCACAAAGAAGAACGAGUCAAAAGAAGUGCCGCAGGGAUCUCCGCGAAUAUAAUAUUCCGCUAGCAACCUUGCUGAGCGAAGACGGGACUCGCACGUCUUCUCGUCGUGAGAUGGAAAUCAUUACGGAGAGGUUCUACUCGAACCUUUUCCGUUCAUCAACUCCUGUGUCAAGCCCAAUCAUCCCCACUGGCGAAGCUCCACCACGGAUUCUCCCUUCGGAAGUACGAGUCGCUAUCAAGAGCAUGAAACCUGGCACAGCCCCCGGACCUGAUUUUUCAUCAGCAGACUUUCUUCGGGCUGGUGACCAUCCUCUUCAUGUAAUCUUAGCAGCGCACAUGACAUCCUAUCUUCAGAAAGAAAGGAUCCCAGACCAGUGGAAGACCGAAGACCUCGCGAACCGUUCUUAUCCAUAA